GUACACCACCAACUUCCACAACACUGCUGUGAUGGACACACCAAACAGGAAGACUCUGGCUUUCAUGUUGAUACUGCUGCUUGCCCAGCUGGGAUGUAGCGCGCAGAGUGUGUCUGAGUGCUGUACACAGCCAGCGCGGUCCUGUCGCCUUCAGGUCCUGCUGUGUCGUUCUGGCAACAAGAGCAUAGGGGGAACCAUCGCAGGAGAUGCAGCCGCUGGAAUCCUCACCCUGGGUAAACGGAACGAGGAUGAGAUACAUUUACAGAGCAGACUCCAUCAGCUUCUUCAUGGCCGCAAGAACCAAGCAGCUGGGAUACUGACUAUGGGGAAGAGGACUGCACAGAGGGACAGGGAGCAAUAA